AUGACACAAGCGUGGGACCCUGCAGGGUUCUUGGCUUGGCGGCGGGACGAGAACGAGGAGACGACUCGGGCAAGCCUUUUUGUUUAUACCAACAGCAACAACACAAAGGGCCCAUUUGAAGGUCCCAAUUAUCACAUCGCCCCACGCUGGGUAUUCAACCUCACCAGCCUCUGGAUGGUCUUUGUGGUCAUCGCAUCCACCUUCACCAAUGGGCUGGUGCUGGUGGCAACUAUGAAGUUCAAGAAAUUACGCCACCCCCUGAACUGGAUCCUGGUGAACUUGGCCGUGGCUGACCUGGCAGAGACCAUCAUUGCUAGCACCAUCAGUGUCAUCAACCAGAUAUAUGGCUACUUCAUCCUGGGCCACCCGAUGUGUGUCCUGGAGGGCUACACAGUCUCUCUAUGCGGCAUUACAGGUCUCUGGUCCCUGGCCAUCAUUUCCUGGGAGAGGUGGGUGGUGGUGUGCAAGCCUUUUGGUAAUGUGAAGUUUGAUGCCAAGCUGGCCAUGGUAGGCAUUGUCUUCUCCUGGACCUGGGCAGCUAUCUGGACUUCACCACCCCUCUUUGGCUGGAGCAGGUACUGGCCUCAUGGGCUGAAGACGUCCUGUGGCCCUGACGUGUUCAGUGGCAGCUCCGAUCCUGGUGUCCAAUCCUACAUGAUUGUCCUUAUGUCCACCUGUUGCGUCUUUCCUCUCAGCAUCAUCCUCCUGUGCUAUAUCCAAGUGUGGUUGGCCAUCCGGGCAGUUGCUAAGCAACAGAAGGAAUCCGAGUCUACACAGAAGGCUGAGAAAGAAGUGUCUCGCAUGGUGGUGGUAAUGAUCCUCGCCUAUUGCUUUUGCUGGGGGCCCUAUACCUUUUUCGCAUGCUUUGCAGCAGCCAACCCCGGCUACGCCUUCCACCCUUUGACGGCAUCCCUGCCUGCCUACUUUGCCAAGAGUGCCACUAUCUACAACCCCAUCAUAUAUGUAUUCAUGAACCGGCAGUUCCGAACCUGCAUCCUCCAGCUUUUCGGGAAGAAGGUGGAUGAUGGCUCUGAAGUUUCCAGCACCUCUAGGACAGAGGUCUCUUCUGUGUCCUCGGUGGCACCUGCAUAA